GUACAGAGGCGUGGAUUGGAGCCGAACGCGGCUGUCAGUGACAUUGAAAGUACUCUUCACUGGAGCUGUGAUUCGGAUAGCAGUCUGUCGGAUCCUGUUAAAUCUGAGCUAGAGACACCAAAGGUGCUGCUGGUGUUUGUCUCGGGAUCUUUCAGUCGCGUAGACUCGGUUAACCCGGUGGAGCAGAGGACGCCUCGCUGCUGCUGCUGUCGCUGUCAGUGACAUUGGUCUCGUGGACGUCGUUACUCUGAUAUUAGUGUGUGUUAUGGGUUAUAAAAUGAUGAUUGCAUUUUAUCAAGACUCUGAUUUGAGUUUCCGCGAUCAGUGUAUGUGAUCGGUCACUGAAAAAGCAAAUGCUGGGCAGCUGAUAGGGCUUAUUUGAUCUUCACUAUUUUAUACACGCUCCUACACACAUUGUCAGUGAGAUGUCUCUGGUUUUCCCGCGACCCAAUACCAGUGUGAUCGGCAAGAAGGACAAGCGACUCAUGGCUGAGGUGAACGCCUCCCCGCUCAAACACUUCGUCACCGCCAAGAAGAAGAUCAACGGCAUCUUUGAACAGCUGGGUGCCUACAUCAAAGAGAGUUCAGCCUUUCUAGAAGAAACCUACAGCAAUGAGGAACUGGAUCCUGUCACUACAGAGGAGCAGGUGGCGGAGGUGCGAGGAUACCUGUCCAAAGUGGCAGGGAUCGGGGAGGUCCUGUCCCGCAGACACAUGAAGGUGGUCUUCUUUGGCAGGACAAGUAACGGGAAGAGCUCCGUCAUUAACGCCAUGCUCUGGGACAAAGUGCUGCCGUCUGGAAUCGGACACACCACCAACUGUUUCCUACGAGUGGAAGGCACCGAUGGCAAUGAAGCUUUCCUGCUCACCGAGGGAUCAGAUGAAAGAAAGAGUGUUAAAACGGUGAACCAGUUGGCCCAUGCCUUACAUCAGGAUGAGGAUUUGGACGCAGGCAGUCUGGUGUGUGUCAUGUGGCCGAAAGCGAAGUGUGCGCUGCUGCGUGAUGACCUGGUGCUUGUGGACAGCCCUGGCAUCGAUGUCACAACAGAGUUGGACAGCUGGAUCGACAAAUUCUGCCUUGAUGCUGACGUUUUUGUGCUGGUGGCCAAUUCAGAGUCCACUUUAAUGCAAACAGAAAAGUCAUUCUUUCACAAAGUAAACGAGCGCCUCUCCAGCCCCAAUAUCUUCAUCCUGAACAACCGCUGGGACGCCUCUGCCAAUGAGCCCGAGUACAUGGAAGAGGUGAGACGGCAGCACAUGGACCGCUGCACUAGUUUUUUAGUGGAUGAGCUGCGGGUGGUGGAUCGUGCUCAGGCCAGCGACCGGAUCUUCUUCGUCUCUGCUAAAGAAGCUCUUCAGGCGCGUGUCCAGAAAGCCCAGGGAAUGCCUGAAGCAGGUGGUGCUCUGGCUGAAGGUUUUCAAGCGAGAAUGUUUGAGUUUCAGAACUUUGAAAGACGGUUCGAGGAGUGCAUCUCGCAGUCAGCAGUGAAGACAAAGUUCGAGCAGCACACGAUGAGAGCCAAGCAGAUUUCUGAAGCUCUGCGUCUGAUAAUGGACUCUGUGCACAUUGCAGCUCAAGAGCAAAGGAUUCAUUGUUUAGAGAUGAAAGAGGAGAGGGAGGACAGGCUGGAGUUCAUUGAUAAACAGCUGGAUCUGCUCACUCUGGACUGCAAGAGCAAAAUCAAGAAGAUCACAGAGGAGGUGGAGAAACAGGUGUCUAACGCUAUGGCAGAGGAGAUCCGGAGACUGGCUGUGCUAGUGGACGACUUCCACUUGGACUUUCAUCCUUCACAAGUGGUGUUGAAAGUAUACAAGAACGAGCUCCACAAGCACAUAGAGGACGGUCUCGGCAGGAAUAUGUCUGAGAGAUGCUCCAGUGCAAUAACUGCAGCGCUGCAAACCACACAGACUGAAAUGAUAGAGGGCCUGAAGCCCCUGCUGCCCAUCGGGAUUCGAGAGCAGGUGGAUAAGAUGGUGCCCAGACAGUGCUUCGCCCUCAGCUACGACCUCAACUGUGACAAACUCUGCAGCGACUUCCAGGAAGACAUCGGCUUCCACUUCUCCCUGGGCUGGACCAUGCUGGUCAACCGCUUCCUGGGUCCCAAAAACACACGCCGCGCUCUCAUGGGCUACAAUGACCAGGUUCCCAGGCCUCUGGCCAUCACUCCGGUCAGCACCAGUAUGCCUCCUUUCCCUCAAGGAUCCAUGACCCAGGAAGAACUUAUGGUUUCCAUGGUAACAGGAUUGGCGUCACUAACCUCUCGGACAUCAAUGGGCAUUAUAGUCGUUGGCGGAGUGAUCUGGAAGGCAGUGGGCUGGAGGCUCAUCGCUCUGUCUGUGGGUCUCUAUGGGCUGCUGUAUGUGUAUGAGAGACUCACCUGGACCACAAGGGCCAAAGAGAGAGCUUUUAAAAGACAGUUUGUGGACUACGCCAGCGAGAAACUACAGCUCAUCGUCAGCUACACGGGAUCCAACUGCAGCCAUCAGGUUCAGCAGGAGCUGGCCAGCACCUUCUCUCAGCUCUGUCAGCAGGUGGACGUGACCAGACAGCAGCUGGAGGAUGAAAUUGGGGAUUUGAACAGCAAGAUCGAACAGUUGGACGGCCUGCAGAGUAAAGCCAAGCUGCUCAGGAAUAAAGCCGGCUGGCUGGACAGUGAACUCAACAUGUUUACCCAGCAGUACCUUCAACAGGGUCGAUAGAGAUCCGUCUGAACACUACGAGCUCCACACUGCUGCACUUUUAAUAUCUACUGCAGAUAAUCGAACACCUAGCCAUGCUUUCAGCCAUUUAUUUGAGCGUACCAAAUACUGCUCAUCACAUAUUUCUUUUUUUUUUUUUCUAUCAGUAUUUUGUUUGUUUUUUUGCAUUUGAGACUACGGUGUCGUGCCACUUUGAAGAGAGCUUUCUUUUGUUUUGUACACUUUGUUUCUUUUGUAUUUAAUACAAGGUAAUUAUUUAUUCUUGAGGUAAGAGGUCAUGUGAAGUGCUUGGCCUUUGUGCAGAUUGUGUUGUAUAGAUUCCCAGAGAGAUUUGUUAGUAUGCCACAGCACGUUGCAAAAAGUGAGAUGUCUUGUAAAUGGGCUCUCGCAUGCCUUGUAAUGAAUCUGACUGCGUGCAUCAGCUUAACGUGGGAUUUCCUCUUUGGUCUUUGUCACAGAUGUGACGUUACGUAAGCGGUACGCUGCGUCUCCAUUCCACUCAGUGUGUGUGAGUCAAUCUGAGCAAAUCUAAAUAAUUAUAUUUUUGUCACCCUGUUCCCAAAAUCUUGAUGUGGCGACAUUAAAAAUCUAAUUGUUUUGAAUGAAAUCAGCAAUAUAUUGUAGUGCCUCUUCACCCCCUGCACUGCACCUGCACUGUUUUUCUAAUCAUUUGUUUAGUUUCAACAUGGGACAAAUUAAUAUGCUAUUAUUUAUGUAUGAAUUGGAUAGGAAAAGCAGAUUUAUGUAAACCUGGAUGCCAGUUACGCAUAUAAUUGCAUUAUACGUUUAUUCAUCCACAUCUGAAAUGUAAUCAGACUGUAAAUGUGUGUGAUGCAUUACUAACCUGUUAGUUCCUGCAUAUGUAUGAUCUAGUGUAUGCUAACCCGUUUCGUUUGGAUUAUGACGUGUGCCAAGUGUUCAAGAACGUCGUCGGGAGAAGCUCUUGUGAUGUGCACUUUAUAUUUUGCUGCUUUUUUGCAUUCGUCUCCAGAAGAUCCAUUAGAAAGAGAAAGGUACCUGUCAACAGUAAUGUAUAGAUGAGCAUGCGAACCGUUGUAAUUUAUUGUCAUUCGCUAUUAGUUAGAUGAAAUAAAGUGACACUGUUGAAAAAUGAA